AUGGCCUGGGGAAAGUCCAAAACCGAUGCGCGCCCCUCGACUUUAAGCACCAUCCUUCCCCUCGUAACUGUCCUCCUCUUCCUCGGCGGCACCGCCUGGGUCAUCUACCAGAUCUGGCUAGGCGUCAAGAAGAUCGAGCAGCAGGCAUCGGACCACAUGGCGAAAAAGAAUGUCGUCUUCACCAAGGACGGGAUGCGCGUUAGCGUCAAACACGUCGAAGAGGAGAAGUACGUCGACAGGACGCAAAGCUGGGUCGUCAAGGCGUGGAAUUUGGGGUCCGGGUCCGGUGGGUCGACGACGGACAAGAAGGGGAAAUGA